AUGGGUUUGGUGUCUUCUCUCAGUAGUACUAUUGCUGUCUCUCUUCUUCUUGUUGAUCUGGUUUUCUUCUCGGUGGCAGUUUCGGCCGUCGAUGAAGUAAAAAACGGUAGGGUUGAAAGAGAGCAGGAAGCCGACAGGGUGAGUAGGUUGCCGGGGCAGCCGGAAGUGAGUUUCAAGCAGUACGCCGGCUACGUCACCGUCGACGAGAGCCACGGGAGAGCACUCUUCUAUUGGUUCCUCGAAUCCACCCAUCGCCCUCACCACAAGCCCCUCCUCCUCUGGCUCAAUGGAGGCCCAGGGUGCUCGUCGAUAGGGUACGGGGAAGCUGAAGAGUUGGGGCCCUUCUUCCCCAACAAGGCCAAACCAGAGCUCACCUUCAAUCGCCACUCUUGGAACAAAGCUGCGAAUCUGUUGUUCCUCGAAUCCCCUGUUGGAGUCGGAUUUUCCUACACCAACACUUCGACGGACAUUUCUCAACUCGGCGACACCAUGGCGGCCAAGGAUGCCCACACAUUCCUCCUCAACUGGUUCAAGAGGUUCCCCCAGCUCCGCUCUCGUGACUUCUACAUCGCCGGAGAAAGCUACGCCGGACAUUAUGUGCCGCAGCUGGCUGAGGCUGUGUUCGACGGGAACAAGAAUGUUUCCAAGGACGACCAAAUCAACUUCAAGGGUUUCAUUAUCGGAAAUGCGCUAAUGGACGACGGAACGGACCAGAAGGGGAUGGUGGAGUACGCCUGGGACCACGCCGUGAUCUCCGACCAAGUCUACGACAAAGUGAAGCACGCAUGCGACUUCGCCGACGAGGAAGAAUUCACGUCGGCGGCAGCCUGCAAAGAGGCACUCAAAGGCUACUUCGACGUCUACUACCUCAUCGACAUGUACAGCUUGUUCGCUCCCGCCUGCUUCAACGACUCCACCUUCAUCACUCGCCGGCGGCAGCGCCCUCUCAUUCGCGGCCAGCUCGCUCCUCGUUUCUUCUCCAAAUUCGCGGCGUGGCACACGGCGCCGGCGGGGUACGACCCGUGCAAAUCGGGGUUGACGGAGGCGUACUUUAACAGGAGAGACGUGCAGGAAGCUCUGCAUGCUAACGUGAGCGGGAGGAUUCCGUACCCCUGGACCCACUGCAGCUACGGGAUCCGCACGUGGCGGGAUGCUCCCCACUCCGUUCUUCCGGUGAUCAAGAAGCUCAUCGCCGGCGGACUCAAAGUCUGGGUCUACAGUGGGGAUACCGACGGGAGAAUUCCGGUGACAUCUACAAGAUUGACCCUUAACAAGCUUGGCCUCAACAUUACUCAAGACUGGGCUCCCUGGUACUUCCGGCAGCAGGUGGGAGGAUGGACGAUUGAGUACGAUGGACUGACGUUUGUGACGAUUAGAGGAGCGGGUCACCAAGUUCCUACGUUCAAGCCAAUGCAGGCUCUGCUGCUCAUCAGUCGUUUCUUGGGCAACAAGAAGAUGCCCUCUUUCCCUUGGCCUUCUAGCUAA